AUUGCAACUUGGCAUCUCAGGCUUAUAACUGAAGAACCUUAGCUUAAUAACCAGAUUCUUAUAGAAUCACCACUGUUUCCUCGAAAUCGGUGGUCUUGAUGUUGGGUCGCUUCAACUCGAUCAUUGCAAUGGCUUCCAAUGCUGCAAAGCAAGCCAAGUUGCCAAUGGCUGAUGCAGGCUUUCCAAACUUAACAAAUAUUGAAAAUGAUCCCAAGGAAACAACCAUUCAGAGUUGCAAAUCGACUUUCGUAACUGCAAAUUGUGCCGUUCCGAGUGCGAUUCGGACGGUUCUCCCGGACCUUAAGAAGCUCGGGAUGUACUAUGGUAUAUAUACGGGUAUCGGAACUCUAAGCCUUUUGGUAUUGAAGAACCAUAUCAGAGGCCACAAAACAAAUGAUUUCAUUGAUUCACUUUACAUGUGUGUGGUGACCAUGACCACCGUUGGUUAUGGAGACCUUUACCCCCACGGUAUCGUUCCGGAACUGGUGUGCAGUGUUUUAAUCACCGCAGGGAUGUUGCUGUUCGGAAUAGUAGUGAAAAUAGCAGCAAAAUACUUGGUGUUCAAGCAACAAGCGGUUCUGCUUAACGCCCUGCAGGUGUCUCGGAAAAUCGGACCGAUGGAAGCCCUUAACGAGAUCGAAAACCUGAAGAUAGACUACACCAAGUGUAUGAUAUCGUUGGCCGUUUUGGGAGUGCAUUUCGUCAUCGGUGUCUUCGUGCUCUGUACUCUCGAAAAAAUGGAGUCUGAUGAUGCAUUAUAUUGCGCUAUUAGCACCAUGACGACUGUAGGUUUCGGAGAUGAAAGCUUCUCGAGCGAAUUCGGUCGAACGUUCGGCACGAUAUGGAUAUUCACCGGAACGUCCUGUUUAGGCCAGCUGUUUCUGUACAUGGCAGAGGUUUAUACAGAUAUUGAAGCAAAGAAAUUUGUGAAGUGGGUCAUUGCAAGCAACGUUAUUGACAGGGACGAAAUUGAGGCUGCCGAUGAUCUUGAGAAAGACAAAGUUCACGGGGCUGCUGAUUUCAUUUUAUAUAAGCUAAAAGAUACGGGAAAGAUCAAGCAAGAGGAUAUCUCAUCCACCAUGCAGGAUCUCGACAUCAAAGAUCGAUCGGUAUUCAACGCGAUUCCUGCUCGACCAUCGGAAAAGUAAUGACAACGACGAUGAUGAUGGUGCUAUCAAAAUGUCAUCAAUUGUAUUAGAUUUAUUCUAGAGAG